GUGUUGUAUGCAGCUGGGGGGCAUCGCAUUUCACAUCUGGAGAAAGCAGAUGUUGCGCUUUUGGGAGCUGGCGCUGCGUUUCCGCGCUGUCAUUGUUUCCGUUUCCACCUCCGAGAAGCCUCACGCCUCCACAUUAUCUUUUUUGUUUUGCCUUGAACCCGCUGUGUGACGUGGUAGUUUGGGGCUAUCUGAAGUCUGAGGAGUGUUUGUAGCUUUUUUUUUUCUUUCUCCAACCAUGGGGGACAUCGAGGCUCCCAACUCGAAUCGGCCGCGCCAGAAUGUCCUGCUCUCCAUUCUCCCGAGCAAAGAGUUCGCCUCCUCCAGGAAAGGAAUGCUGCUCAUUGCUGAAGUGGCGCUGACCUUUAUAUCAUUUGUGUGCUUUGCGGCAUCCCGAGCGGCAGCCUUUGUGACGGUUCCACUGUUUGAGUUCCUGGCUGCUCUCUUCUUGCUGUUUGCUUACUCCACCAAAUUCAAUGAGAGGUUUAAAGGCUUCCUCUGGCCUCUUAUGGAUUUUAUGAGAUGUGUGACAGCCUCCAUCAUCUUCUUCAUCAUCUCCAUAAUUGCAGUGUCCAAAUAUGCAGAUGGUUCCUCUAAGGCUGCUGGGAUAUUUGGCUUCAUUGCCACCAUCGUUUUCGCUUUAGAUUUUUACCACAUUUUCAAUGAGCUGGCCGCUUUCCUAAAGCAAGGAGGAGGAGAGUCCAAUGAUGAGCCAUCAAGGCAGCAAGAUGAGUUUUCAGACUCUGAUUCAGACUGAGACCACGGACCACCACCAUGAGAUCUUCACCAGAGGACAUGUUAGAUCAUCCAAAACAAACCUUUGCAGGAGAAACGGCCACUGCUGAGCUAUCAUCUGCAAACAGUUGUUGGUUAUUUACAUACAUUUAUUGAUCGCUGGGGGAGUUAGUCUCCUCGAGUCAAACAUGUACAAAGAGGGGGAACCAGAUCCUUUUCACUUUGAAUCAGUUUCUUCUGUGGAGCAUCCAAAGGUGGAAAUGUGUUUAGUCAUUUCAAAACAUUCGGGUAACAAGUCUAAACUGAUGUGCCACAUAUGUUGGUCUUUUUAAGUUGCUAAUUCACUGGUCAUUACAAGUAGUUUUUAGAAUAAUGCAAACAUGCUCUGUUCUUUCUCGUGCCCAAACUCAUAAGAUGAUGUGGGAAACAUAAAAAAUGCCAGCCUGAUACUAAAAUGAUGAUAAAGCUGUGAAAUUGUUUGGUCUCAUUAUAGUGAGUUCUUAGAGACUGUUUGUACGAUCUGCAUGUGGGAGAAUGUGACUGAAUCUAAAAUAAUGACUGAUAUUUACUUUUAGGCUUUUGACCCUAUUUACACACACAUUAAACUACAACACUAGAUUCAUUUUCUUAGUGAGUACUAAUACUGAAGUAUGUAACUGGGGCACCAUCAUCAUCAUCAUCAUUUAUAAAUUGACAGUAUUACUAUAAAGACGUAUGUACAGAAUAUAGAGGAACAGAUUGGUUGCAGGUUGGCUGGUUACAACCUCUGUCCAAUCAUCUAAACUCUGCAAGAGUGUAUUUUUAUAAUUUGAGGAUGUUUCUUUAAAUUCAACUUUAGGGUCAGCAGCUUUCCUGUGACCAUGACAACCUUUUUGGGGCUGCUGUAACAUUGUUUAUAUGUCCCAAAACCUUUUAUGUUUCAGAGUUGUGAUGAAUCUUAGCAACCAAACCUGUUGCAUUAACCCAAAGUCUGAGAGACUCUCUGCUCUUGUGUUUUAGUUUGUCUGCUGUACAACCUGUGUGUGUGUGUGAAUAAUAACAGUGUAUUGAAGCCACUUAAUGCAUUAGUAUUUUUGUUGUGAAUCUUUUUUUUUUUUUUUGUAUUGAAAAGUAACUUUGCUUGCUGUGGUUGUGCAUUCACUUUUUUUGGGGGCGGAUGUAUGUUGGAUUCUUCAGUUCUUCCACUGCCACUACUGAAGACUUAGCCGCACCAGAACACCACGGUGACUGUUGAUGUAAUAAACACUGCACUGCAUGAGUGUUACAACAGCACUGUGAAUAAAACAUGGAUGAAACAGUUGCUCUAAUUUCCAUGUGGGAUUUUGACUGUUGAGAGCCAUUGCCAUAUUUAGUGAAUGUUCUCAAAGUUGCUGUUACAUCCAAUAAUUAUCCACUGUUGUACCUUUUUUAUGUGAGAGCUGUAUGAGCACCGGCCUUAAUGAUGCCAUUCAAUGUGUGAUGUUAAAUCUUUGCUGUCUUGUUAAAACCAUGUAUCUCCAAAACAUUAACUUUUCACAAGCUCAGAUAAACAGUCAUGGAAACUUUGUGGUAUGUUUCAAACAGUCCAGUUGGGUUUGAAUGUUUUUUUUUAUCCCAAGAAGUAGAAGAACUUUCACCCAUACAGGAACAUUUAAAGUGGAAAAACUUGUUGGCACUACUUCCACAAAGACGACCAGAUCCCUUUUUAUUUUCCUCAGAACCUACCAACCACAGUUACCACAGUUGCUUUGGUUGUUUGGUUUAUCAUUUCCGCUACUGGAGAUAGUAACUUUGUGCCACAGUGCACACUAGAAUGAUGGGCCCUAGUGCUCGCUAUCGUGCAUGAAUUGUCUUGACACAAAUAGAGACUUGACAUUGGACAACAUUAACGUACCUAUUACCCAGCAAUCCCUAUUGCAUAUCUGACAAAAAUAUGAAAGAAAGUAAGAAAUUAAUCAUUUAACUGAAUGUUUUUACAGUAUAUUUAUAUAUUUUAUAGGUUAUAUAGAAAAAACGUAUAAUUUUUGUUUGGAUAACUACUGAAAAAAAGAAAACCUUGAGGCAGAUGGGUUUGCCUUUUUGAGGAACUAUAUAGCAAAUGGCACCAUUUUUAAAUUAAUAUUAUUCUUUUUUUAAAUUUAUUAAUCUUUCAACACAGGUAUAUAUCCAUGGUGGCAAUCUGUAUCACUUGCAAGGGCCCCAUCUCUAAAAGGGCCCCUCCACCCCAGAGGUCCCAGUGCAAUCGAACUUGGCAUGAAUGAUGCCCCAGAAUGGGACCAGAUCAGUUCGCCUGAUUCUGACUGCUGACACUGCCAUCACCGGGCCAUUAUCAGAAAUGACCUGGCCCAGCAUCGGCCCAAACUCGGCAUACCGGAUGCAAUUAGCCGGGCCGCAUCCCGUUGCCUGACUCGGCUGAGACUCAGUAUGAAUUGACACCCCGGAAUUGGGCUAAAUCAGCUGGCCCGAUUCCAGCUGCUGACACUGCCAUCACUGAGGACAGACAUAUAAACACCUGGGAAAAUACUCACAACCGCUUCUGUGGUAGUUCAUGCUACAAAAGGUGCCACCAGGACCACAUUUUGCCAUUAAGACACACACAGAGACUCACAAAAUUAAAAACAAUACCAGCCAUCACGAUGUUCUUGCAGCAGGUAAUGACAAGUUAAAGCAAAAAAUUUU